AUGAGUUUGACAGAAAAAAGCGAUAUCAGGGCAGAGGAUAAAAAUAAGUUAAAGGAGAUUAUCAACGGAAUAGAAGAUGAUCCUUAAUCAUAUGAGUUUAGAGAACCUGUAGAUUGGAAAAAUCUUGGACUAACAGAUUACCCUGAAAUCAUCAAGAAACCAAUGGACUUAUCAACAUUAAGGAAGAAUCUUGUCAAGGGUAGAUACAAGAAAUACGAGGAUUUUUUCAAGGAUAUAUAAUUGAUCUGGGAUAAUUGCAAAUAAUACAACAUUUAAGGAUCAGACAUUUAUAAGCAGGCAGAACAUUUAGAAAAGGUGUCUAAGAAGUAAGUAAAUAAAUGCAAGGAAGAUAUUGGAAUAUCAAGGAAAAAACCCAAGAUUAAAGAAGAAAGCAAGAAAAAUGGAGAUAAGUCUGACAAUGAAAAUGACGAUGAGGAUGUUGAAGAUGUACCAUUCGAAAAGAAAGUUCACUUCACUGAGAAGGUAAGAAGACUGACAAAUGAAGGAUUGACAAAGUUGGUUAAAAAAGUAAAAGAACUUUGUCCUAAGGCACUUGAGGAUGUUGAUGACUAAAAACUUCAUAUCAAAGUCGAUGAAAUUGAUAAAGAUUCCUUCGAAAAACUUGAUUAGCUUGUAGAUGAAAACUUAGGCAAGUCAAACAAAGAAAAUCUUGGCAAAGACCCAGAGGUCAGAAAAAAGCAAAAAAUUUGA